CGCGGAAGAGUAUGCACUAGCCACUGGAAUUAUACUACUCCAAAAAUUACCCAUUUUCCGGCUCAAACGUUCGCGUUACAUUGCGCGUCAAAAGACCACAAUCCAUGCCAAGUUGAAACACUGAAAUAACGAUAACAAGUGAUUGAGUGUGUUAAUAACGAUCGUUUAUUUUCGUGAUUAUUGUGUUAGGCAGCACACAUUGUGAAGUACUGAGGAAUAAAAAUACCUCUCCAUCAGAUGCCCGGUACAACGUGCCUCAUGCACACCGGGCAACUCCAGUGAAUAAUUCUCGUGGCUUCAACAUUGUCACGAAUUCAAUGGAAUGAAGCUGAAAUAACAGUUCGCUGUGAAAACAAAUGAUAUUAAUUACUUACCCCUGUGUGACACGUUCGUACGCUUGAGAUUGAAUUGAAAAAAAGUGACGCAUUUGCCGGCAGCCGGUUUCUCUACACGCGGCCAUACAGUGCAUAUGAUGGAUACUUUUGUGAAUUCAACGUUAAUGAAACUCGGCGUCAACCAGACAGAUCAUUGUCACACUGUCUCCUUUAAUAUUGCCAUCUUUCUCUGAGUUGUGUGGGCCAAUUUGAUACAACGUGUUUUUUCCCCCUUUAUUUUAUUUAAUUUUAUUUUCAUCAUUGAGUGUGGUGUGAUGCUAGUGUGGUGAUUUGGAGUGUAAAAAAUAACGGUGGAGUUAAGGGCAGAGGGUGAUAUAUUUUAUACUCCUCGUUUCUAUCGUCACUGGAGAAGCCAAAAUAAUUGUAAAAGGAGAAGUAAAAAGGGAGCAAGUAUUUGUUUUGAUAUUCGAUACUCCGGUGAAAGUGACGGCUUCGAUGUUAGUCACGUGUAUUGCGUGCCGGCGUAUAUUGUGCACGAGUUUUUUGUUAAUCUCGUGUUGUGUUAAAUUGCAUUUAUUCAGUUUGUGAGUGAUUAUUGUUGACCGGCGCGUGAUUGAGUAAAAGAUAGAAAGGUUGGUUUUAAUUGGUUUGAAGUAUAAAAAAAUAAAAAGGAGUCAUUGCAAUCAUGGAUAUCCUGCCGAGCGGGAACAUAUUCAGGGAAUUGCAGGACAUACACGAUACCGGAUACUUUUCGGCGCAGCCCUCGCUCGAGGAUCAUUGGCAACAGACCUGCUACGAGAUGGAGAGGUACCUGAAAGACGAACCUAAGCUGCAAUCGUACAAAAAAUUACCCACCGAGCUGGACACAGCGCCGUGGAAUUUAUUCAGAGCGCCAACAAGAUCGUGGACUGCCACCACUUGCUCUACUACCACACAGUAUCAACCUCAAAUUAAGAUGGAAGUCAAGAGGAAAAUGUCAUUUCAGGUGACAACGUCCCACGAUGACAGGGAUCCUGUGUGUCUUGAUGAAAUGAAAUAUAGUCCUGGUGAUCACAAUCACAACGGGCGGGAUAGGGAUUUACUAGAUCGCCACCUUGACUCACUAUCAAUGUCUUCAGCUAGCUCGGCGUGUUCUGCAUUAUCGUGGGACAGUUCGCCGACCCUCUCCUACAGAGCGCUCAUCCUCAAGAAGGAAUCGAGUGAAGAUCUGGAGGAGGACGAGGAGCAUGAAGAAAUUGAAGAGGAAGAGGACAGUGGAUGCGAGGGAGAAGGACAAAUUCUAACACCACCAUCAAGUCCAGAAUCGGGUCAGGGCCACUCAAAUUCCAGUCACUCGUCGAGCGGUAGCUCGAUGCUCGAUGUACACAAUCUAAAUCUCCACGGUACUGGUGGCAGAAGUGCAAUUGUCAGGGUCACAGCCAGUAAUGGUCAGGGAGUUGCCAGAUUAAUCUCGGUAACGGCAAACGGUUUUCCCAACGUCACAAGUACGCAACACACUACGACGACAGUGGCAACAGCGGUUGCGAAUAGGCAUCACGCAAGGAGUCACGAACACAGUCCACAGGACACAAAACGCAGGAUACACAAGUGUACGUUCCCAGGGUGCAAAAAAGUCUACACUAAGAGUUCACAUUUAAAGGCGCAUCAAAGGACGCACACAGGUGAAAAACCGUACAAAUGCAGUUGGGAGGGCUGCGAAUGGCGAUUUGCACGUUCUGAUGAAUUGACACGUCAUUAUCGCAAACACACAGGUGCAAAACCAUUCAAAUGCCGGCACUGCGACCGCUGUUUCUCGCGCAGCGAUCACUUAGCCCUGCACAUGAAGAGACACGUCUAAUCAAAUCCCUCAGCUUGUCCAUGUGUUAAUCAGCAUUUUGUGAUGUCAACAGUCACUGCAUUGAGCAACAGAAAAAAAAAUUUAAGUAAUGAUAAUACAAAUGUAAAUGCCAAGGCAUCCUUUCUCCAGGGACGAUACCUUGCUUCUCUGUCAUCGUUGUGAUGUCGUCGUCCUCGUUAAUAUGUUACUAAUUCCAGCCUGAAUUCUAAUUAAUUUGUGAAUAUUUAAAUUAAUUGUAUAAUUCAACAAAUGUAACAAAGAUAUGAACAAAGGAAUGUUGAUCACUGCCAAUAAAUUACGUUGAAAUUUGCGUUCUUCGUCAUCGAAAUUUUGAAUGUUCAUUCGGUGAGGUUUUUCGAUUGCGAGAGAACAUCACGUGAGUAAUGGAGUAUUAGUCAAAUAAUAGUAGAAUCGAAUGAAAAAUUAGGAAAAUUUUGUUAGAUAUUGGAUGAUGAGAAAAUAUUGCAUCAUUUUGAUGGGCCCGAGUGAUAGUUACCUCGUGUUCUUAUGGAAAUGCUUCUGUACUCAUGGAUUUUAUUUAUUGAAAUCUAGUGAGGAUGUGGAUCCACGGUGCUAAAUGACAGAUUCGUCUCAAUUUACAAUGAAAAAUUAUAGAGAAAAUAGUUGUACUGUCUCGAUGGCUCCAUCGAAAGAUGCAAAAAUUUUUAGACAAUUGGAGUAUUUUAGUCGGAAAACUUUGGAAAAUGAGAUUUAAACGAAUUAAUUAGAUCGAUAGGAUAAUUAGGAGAAAGACAGGAAUGAAAAAAUUUCCGUAAUUUGGAUGUGUUAAUUGACUUUUUCAAGUGGUACACGAUAAAGCAGUGGGGCCAGUCGAUGGCGUGAGGUGUUUCAAAGGUUUUAUGGUUAAUUUACAUUUUUUCUUCAUUUGUAAAUUGAAUUUUCAUCGCAGCAAUGCGCAUCGAUAGACGUGCAAGACAAAUGCAAAAAAAAAAAAUAAUUAAUGUAAUUAAAAAUCGACAUGUCGAUAAAAUGGAAAAAUCAUCGAAUCAAGAAUUUCACUGAAACUCUGAAGAAAAUAUAUAAAUAUAUAUAAAACUGAAUUCUUCCAAGUCCCUCUGAGGGAUGGAAAAUAAAUAUAAACGUUUAAUAUCGAGGACGACUAAACUGAAAAAAAUAAAACAAAUACAAAAAGGACUAAAAAUUUUAAAUGUUCAGUGGCCAAAUUAAUUAACUGAUAAAACUCGUAGAACGUAAACGUCGUAUUUUUUAGAAUAAUUAAACGCAGAUGAAUAAGAGAAUGAUUGCGAUAGAAAGAGAGUAUUAAUUAAAGAUAAUUAAAUGAAUGAUGUAAAUGAGAUAAAAGAGGUAUGAUGUUAUUGCUGCAGGCGCAACUGCGUAGACUUGUGUUUAUAAUAAGAGUACGUGUGAUGGCGUCGAUUGCUGAUAAUCGAUGUUGCAAGACAAAAAAUGAUAUAUAAAAAAUAUACAAAAAAAGCAAAUGAAUAAAAGUUUCGACGCUGAGAGGAGUGACUGACGAACAAACUGUGUGAAUGAAGAGAGCAACUGCUGAGUUUGUAUAUCGUGCAAUUUUUCAAUGUUUCAUUAAUUUGUUACCACGUUUCACACGAUUUUAAUUAUUAAAUAGUCUUUAAAAAUUUCUAGAGUUAAAUAAAACAAAAAUUUAAAAAAAAGUAAAAAAAAAAUCUAAAAAUAAUUAAAGGAGGAAUUCAAAGUGAGAAAUGUAAAUGGAAUAUCAAGACGAAAAAAAUACGAUUCGACAUUAUAAGUAACAAAUCUUUUUUCCUGGGCACCGGUGGAGCGACGCCGGUCGUCGAGACGCUAACUUGCAAUUUCUUAUUCAAAAUAUGAACAACAAUUGACCGAUUGUAUGGAAAAUAAUGGAACACAGUUCUCCGCUGUGAUUUUUUUAAAAUGAGGAUUGAAGAUGAGAUGAAAAAAAACAGGAAAACGCUUUCGCCAAAUCAUGGUCGUAUCGGCUUCUUUAUAUGCAUCGGAUUAUGAAUUAUCAGAAAAAUAUGUAUAUAUUAGCCGUACGUGCACGCCCUCGUUUUCACUUGGAAUUUAUUGAGACUGGUUUUGCCACAGGUUUUUCUGCCGUUGGUAUUUUUCCAUAACGAACAAAAAUUAAAUGGUUAAAAAAAUAAUAUUCAAGUGUAUUACGGAAUUGACGCUAUUUUAUUUCCUCGCAUAUGUAUAUUGGACGUUCGACGAGACAUGUUUUGUAUCUACUUUUUAUUCCUCCAAGAAUGUGAAUAAAGUGAAAAAGUAAAUAAAAAAUGGUAAAAAAGUAAAAAAAAAAAAUUUUUGCAAAAAUAAUUGUAUGUGAAAUGCAUAUAUCCAGUCUGUAUAUCGAAAAGAAUUAGUCAGUUUGUAUUUGCAAUCUAUAUGCAAUAGGUUGGUCAAAAAUUAUUGAGCUAUUAUACAGAAUAUUAUUUAAAAAAAAUACAUGAGAUAUAAAUUAUUGCGAUUCUUGAGUGACACCAUUCGACGAAGCAAAAGAAUUAACAUGUCGUAAAACCAAAAUACAUCUUUUUUCGUAAAUUCAAUUGAAUUGUUGUUUGAUUGAAGAAAAAAAAAAUCAAAUUAUCAUUGAAUAAAGUAAAAUUUUAUUCUAAAUUUGACAACUGUGAUUCCAUUAUUGUGAGGCCAACCCAUUUCAGUGAGGGCAAAUUCAUCCUGAUUAUUCCAUAUUUUUUCGAGAUUGAGAAACAAAAGACAGGAAAACUAAAAACUCCUUCCAUCCAACCAAUUCACUCUCUCAGUUUUCUUAUCUUUAUUUCUAUCUCCCUCCCUCAAGCUCCCAAUUUCUCUAACAUUUUCCAAGCAUUUAACUGAGCUAUUAUUCUCGCCGGUGCGAAGAAAACAAGUUCAAGCCAGUGACGGUUACAGUGGGCGAAAACGUUUGAAAGCGCACGAAACAAAAGGAAAAAGGAAAAAGGGAAAAAAAAAUAAAAAUAAAAAUAAAAAAAAUAAAGCCGUAUAAAAAUAAAGGUAAAAAAUAAAACAAGUGGCAGAAACAUACUCAAACCCCUCUCCAACUCUUUUCCACUCUCUAUCGUAGUUUCUCCAACCAGCGGUAAAUACUUUUGACUGUGUCGACCAAUCGAGAUAGCUCCCAAGCUUCCUCAAAGAAUGUUUUUCACCGCAGCGCCUGAGUUUCUUCCUUUUUUUUUUCAUUUCUAUUUUUCUUUCCUGUCCACAACUAGCCCUCACUCGAGCUCACCCUUUGCAAUCUCCUCCAUCCCCUUGGCUGCACCCAGCAACUCCCACCUCAUUCCAUUUCUCUUCGUCUUAUUCACUUGAGUUUCCGCAAACGUGAUUUUCCACGCGACCUUCAAAAGCUCCCGUACGGGAGAGUCCAACAAAGAAACCAGGAAAUUGUCGCUUCGUGCUUCCGGCCACCAACUCCCGCCUCUCUUUCCACUCCCCUUUUCUAUUUAUUUCAAAUGUUUCACUCUUUCGUUGAGGGGUUUGGACUGUGUUGAUUCCACAAACGACAUCAAGUCAGAUGAAAUCGCGAACAAAAAAUAGAGAGAACAUUCACUCUCUGUGAUACUUUUAUUACGAAUAGCAAGACAGGCGUCGCGACGCUCACCCUCUGCUCCUCUGGACUCGUCACCCCUCUCUGUAGAUAGUUGAGAAUUAAUGAGGGGCAAAAAGAGAAUGUAAUUAAUGCCAGUCUACUGAAAAUGUGAAAUUAAUCUCUGAGUAGAGAAGGGGACAUAGUAUUACAGGAUAAGUCUAAUUGUAAUGAAUAAUUUAAUUAAUAUAAAUGAGCAUUACUUGUGUAAGUGAUAGACGAUUAGAUAGAAGACUUGUAUAAACAGAGGUUUAGCCGUGAAUGAAUAGUCGAGAGGUCGAUAUUGAAGUCAAGUGUGAAAUCAAGUCCAAAAAAAUUCCAUUUUAUUAUUGUAAAAUUAGGGACGGAUGGAGGUACCAUUUUUCUGGCUAAUCUAGUGUACAUGAAAUUCGUGUUUUCGUGACGGAUGCAGGAGUGAGUGACAGGUGAUUUCACUGAAUUUAUUGGAUGUGAGAGGUCUAGCUAGGUAGGAAAAAUAAAAUCUAUUGCGUACGAAAAAUAAACAGAACGAGGAAAUGAUGGAAGAACCAAAUAAUUGAAGCAAAGUAAUUCAAUCCAACUGUUUUUCUCAUUAAUUUUAUAUUUCAAUUUGUUCAUCCUCUUCCCUUUUUAAAACAAUUCUUCCUCAAAAAUAAAAAAAACGUGGAUUGCUCGAGUUUCGAAAACAGUCUCCCUUACCCAGUAAUUCACCUAAAAAAAAAUAUUCAAGAUAAUUCAAUUGCCCUAAUUUACCAGAAAAUUCCAAACGCCCUCGGUAAUUGCAAAACAAUAAUUUAAAAAAUAGAGAUAAGCUAAAAGUUGACCGGUCGGAGUAAAAGAGUAAUUAUUUCAGAGAACGGUUGAGCGUGGAUAGCGGGUGAAAACGAAAGUACGUAUACUGCGUGUGAGUAAUGUCUGAAAAAUGCAAAAAAAAAGAGGCAGAGAACAAUGAGAUAUAUUUUUAAAAGUGACCUUUGGCAUUUAAAGACUUAUAACAAGCGAAAAAAAACGUGCAACGAGUUAAGUAAAAAGUAAAUUUAGAAAAAUGAAAUGGACGCUUCAUACAUGUCCAUUCUCUCACAGCUCACAGAAUGACGAAAAAAAAAAAAUUAAAUUAAACAACAAUGGAAAAAAAAAUCAAAUGCUAGGUAAAAUGGGUUACGACGUGUACUCGUUUAUUGGUGUUUUUUUUACAGUCUGGAAAUUGGUAAAAAUACCCUGGGCAAAUUAGUCGGUAAAUCACCACGUCGCUGGUAUCGGAAUUUUUAUGCAAAGGGAGCGUGUAUUGAGCUUAUGUACCGAUAGGUACACAAUGCAAACGUUCGAAUGGAAAUAAAACGGUGGAGAAAAACAAGCAGGAAUGAAAAAUCGAAACGAGUACAAGUAACGUGCGCGUUUUAAUCUUAGCACUGUGCGAAUAAGAACAAUAGUUGAAAGAGGUGCAGUAGAAAGAGGGUGGAGGGAGGGAAUUGAAGAUAAAAAUCGUGAAAUGCAUUCCAUUGAUUUUGUGAGAUGCACGAAAUACGAUACAAUGGACACAUGUAUUAAUCCAGGCCUAAUCGAUAUUCGUGCUCAAAUACAAAAAAAAAAAUGCUAAAUACCGAUGACUACAGCAAACGGAACUCGCAAUGAUUGAACAUCUCCAUUAGUUACUAAACAAAGAUAAACCGAAAAAAGUCAUUCGUUAAUACGAUACAUGUUAGGCUAGUGUUUCUAGGGAUUUUAUACGAGCUACGUGCUAAUUAACAAAUUAAAAAAGCAUGUGAAGAGAAAAUUAAAUGCUCCACGCUUUGCCAUGAACUUUUUAUCAUUAAAUGUUUUCCUCUAUUUGAAGUAUCUUUCUUUCUCAUUGUCAACCGGACAGGAGUAUUUCAUCAUCAGGUGUAAAUGAUUAGCGUGAAUACAUAAUUUUGGAGUGACUGGUGUUCAAUGAAGAAUUGGAGAAUUGAUCGGUCCGAGAAGAAGGAAUUCAAGGAGGAAAAUAAAUUAUAUCAGUUUUGUUUAUCAACGUGUGCUUGCCGUAGCAUAUUCGAGGCUUUUGAUUUAUUAUUUGAACUCGAUAAAUUAUAGUCUUGUUUAAUCCCUUGACUGUUGAGCAUUGACGAUCGACCAUGAGGAAAGAUCGGGGGAUUCUUUGAAAAAUCGAUAUCACUUGUUUUCUCAAGUGUUCUUUGUCGAGAAAUGAGGGAGGCACUCCCCUAGUAUUCCUCGGUUCAUCGGUCACUGGGCUCUGAAGACUGUGAAAAACUACCCAGGAUGUCUAUGAAGGAGGGGUUAAAAAAAAAAUCUAAAAUGUGUACUAUCAAUCACUGGACGUAGGUAUUUUAGUCUCGGCCACUGGUGACCAAAAGUCGAUACAGUGUAUCAACUCCUUCUCCUUUUUAUCCCCCGUUUAAUGAUCACUUUUUGUUCAAUUUUUUCCACCAACCGUUAACUGCUUCAAACAAUAAAUCAUUUUCCUUUAGUCAUUGAACAAAGAUACAAGUACAAGUAAUAAAGUGAAGAUUUAAAUAAAUAAAGUGAUGAGUGACAAAUAUUUAAAUAAUUUGUAUGAGUGCUUCAUGUUCGGUAUGGAUCAUAUAUAUAUAAAUAUAUAUAUAUACAAAAAUACUGAAUAAAACAAUGUGAUGAAAAGGUGAAAAUCAAAUUUAUGUCUAUAAAAUAAAUUGAAAAAGUGAUUAUUGUAAUCUCUUUCCAUAUUGACAUCGGUUAUUUAGUAGAGAAUAUUUUUCAUGUACAUUAUUGAAAUCAUUUUUAUUAUGUAUUAUUUGAACGGUAAAUAAAUUGAUGUAUAUAUCUACGCUUAAUCCAAUGCUACGGCGAGCCAAAUUUUCAUCGUGUGAGUGUGUUGAUUACUAUAGAGAUAAAAAUGAAGAGAGUAACGAGAAAUAAAAAUCAAAGAUUAAAUUCCCUCAACUCUGAGUGGAAAAAUAAUUGCUCCCACCCUUUCGAUCCAGUGUUUUCCCUUCUCACUAAUUUCGCUUUUCACUCUUAUCGACGAGUGCGGUACGGAAAUGACUCUUUGUACAUGAGCGUCCGCCCAAAAAGAGAAAGAACAGUUUGUUGAAAACUAGAAAAAAAAUAUCGCUCACUUUAUUUUCCUUUGGCAGUCCGUUGGUCGAGUUCUUAUACUUUUUUUUCUCUUGGUUUUAGAAAACGUUUCCUGCAUUCAUAAAAAAAACCCUUCGUUGUUGAGGAUAUAUUUUUUUAAAGUCUAGAGAAAAAUUUGAAUCAAGAAAUAUAUUCUGUUUUUAUUUCCUCAGGAGAUUGUAAGUCCUCACGUCUCAUGUGAUUCUAUAUACAAAGAAAAAUUCUAUCACGCACUUUCUAGAAAAAAUUUGUGAUAAAAAUAACGAAACAUCUAAAAAAAAAGUAGUAACACUUCGUAAAAAGUACGCAAUAACUUCAUCAUUUCGACUGGACGUUCCGUCAUUUUUAUCAUGAUUUCUAUUUUUAUUUUUUUUUCUACUUUAUCUUUCCGUGUAAUUGAUGUAGAGUUAACGCUCUCAAAAAAAUACCAAAAAUUGGCAUUUAUACAGGAAAAAGAAUGAUUAAAUUUGGAAGAAAUGUUCAUCCUCAUAUAUUCAAAUUGAAAUGUGGUAAUUUUUUUGUUAAAUUACAUGGAUUUCGCCCCAAAAUGUAAAGCGCGACCAACGGAAUGUAAAAGAUCUCCUGAUUCAGCGCUCGUUCGCCUUUUAAUUCAGAAUUUCCACAGAUACUUAACAAACGCCACAUGCCCGAAAAAAAAA